AUGGCGUGCGACGAUUCGCGUCGCAGCGCGGAGUCGCCCGCCGUCGCAGCGGCCGCGGCGGGCGAGGGAGCGGCGAAGCAGGGCGGGGAGCAGCGGCGUCAGAAGCUAUGGGAGAUGUACGACCGGAUGAGGGACAAGCUCUUUACCGACGUGCCCGAGAUGGACGUGACUGAGUUGCACCAGCUGCUGCUGGCGCAGCAGGCAGCGGGUGGGGGAGAGGGAUUGGGGACGAACGGGGAGGCGGAUGGGGGAGUGGGGAGAGGGGAAGUUGGGGAAGGGGGCUUGAGAGGCGAGGCAGGAGGAGGGGAAGCAGCAGUGGGAGGGGGAGAGAGUGGGCGGGGUGGGCGGCGGGUAGUGGUGGUGGACACACGUACAGAGGAGGAAUCAGCAGUGUCGAUGAUUCCGGGCGGCACACUGAAGCAGAGCGACUUUGAGCGGCAGAUGGGACGAUUCAGCGAUCACCAAGUCGUGUGCUACUGCACCAUAGGCUAUCGCAGCGGCAACUAUGCUCGCAUGCUGCACUCGCACCACAGCAUGCACGCAGCCAACCUCAAGGGUUCCAUCCUCGCGUGGACCCACCACCGCCUCCCCCUCACCUCCCUCUACCACCCUCAAACCGGCUCUGGCCCGCUCCCCAUCCUUUCCCACGCCAACACAAGUGCCAACACCAGCACCGCACAUGAGUCAACCUCCCAGCACGAUUCAACUGCUGCGUGUGGAGCUGGAGCAAGAGGAAAGGGAGCAACGGGCUCUGGUGCUGCCACUGAUCUGCCAGUGCUGCCCUUGGGAUUGGGCGCCACCACGCGCGUGCAUGUGUACUCACCCAAGUACGAGCUGCACGCAGAUGGGUACCAGCCGGCGCCGCGGUCAGCGUGCACGCUGACAGAGGCGGAGAGUGAGCGCCGCUGUCACUGUGCACGGCGCGCAAGCAGUCGCCUUGGCGCGCCUGCUGCAGCUGCCGCUCCCCCACUCUCCCCCCGCUCCCUCUCCGCCUCCCCCUCACAACCGCCCAGAGCAGCAGCGGGGUCACGGUGGAGCAGCAGGGGAAGGGGAAGGGCGGAAUGGGAACGGGGGGCGGUGGUGGUGGUGGUCCCUCUGACGGUCUGCCCCGCAUGUUCUGAGGGACCAGCGCUGGUGAAGGCCAGUGCUUCUGCUGGCCGGGUGGUUCGCAUUCCUCGGCACCUGGGUGGAACUGCGCGUGGGGGGCGUCGGCCAGCCCAUGCUGCCAUGGCGCUCAUUAACGAGACUGCUUCAAACGAGGAUGGAAGAUCAGGAGAAGCAGAAAAGGCGAGGGGAGAGGAGGAAGCAAGGAUGGAGAAGGUGGAUAAGAGCAGCGACAGAAAGAGGAGAGGAGAGGCGGGUGGGAGGGAGAAGGGCGAGCAGGAGUCAGUUGGCAUGACACGCCAGCAGUGGGAGUUGGUAGCGCAGGUGGAUGGCGGUGGUCGGCUGGUUCCCGUGCAUGUGAGACGAGUGGGGUCGUCAGGGUGA